GGCUGGGAAGAGGUGGCAAUCAGGGCGGGCCAAGGCGGCUGUUCUCGCUCCAGCUCGAUGCUGCCUCCCCGGCCCGGUUGCGCUGUAGCCGCUGCCGCCUCUGCCUGGGUCCCUUCGGCCGUACCUCUGCGUGGGGGCUGCCUCCCCGGCUCCCGGUGCAGACACCAUGUACGGAUUUGUGAAUCACGCCCUGGAGCUGCUGGUGAUCCGCAAUUACGGCCCCGAGGUGUGGGAAGACAUCAAAAAAGAGGCGCAGUUAGAUGAAGAAGGACAGUUUCUUGUCAGAAUAAUAUAUGAUGACUCCAAAACUUAUGAUUUGGUUGCUGCUGCAAGCAAAGUCCUCAAUCUCAAUGCUGGAGAAAUCCUCCAAAUGUUUGGGAAGAUGUUUUUCGUCUUUUGCCAAGAAUCUGGUUAUGAUACAAUCUUGCGUGUCCUGGGCUCUAAUGUCAGAGAAUUUCUACAGAACCUUGAUGCUCUGCAUGACCACCUUGCUACCAUCUACCCAGGAAUGCGUGCACCUUCCUUUAGGUGCACUGAUGCAGAAAAGGGCAAAGGACUCAUUUUGCACUACUACUCAGAGAGAGAAGGACUUCAGGAUAUUGUCAUUGGAAUCAUCAAAACAGUGGCGCAACAAAUCCAUGGCACUGAAAUAGACAUGAAGGUUAUUCAGCAAAGAAAUGAAGAAUGUGAUCAUACUCAAUUUUUAAUUGAAGAAAAAGAGUCAAAAGAAGAGGAUUUUUAUGAAGAUCUUGACAGAUUUGAAGAAAAUGGUACCCAGGAAUCACGCAUCAGCCCAUAUACAUUCUGCAAAGCUUUUCCUUUUCAUAUAAUAUUUGACCGGGACCUAGUGGUCACUCAGUGUGGCAAUGCUAUAUACAGAGUUCUCCCCCAGCUCCAGCCUGGGAAUUGCAGCCUUCUGUCUGUCUUCUCGCUGGUUCGUCCUCAUAUUGAUAUUAGUUUCCAUGGGAUCCUUUCUCACAUCAAUACUGUUUUUGUAUUGAGAAGCAAGGAAGGAUUGUUGGAUGUGGAGAAAUUAGAAUGUGAGGAUGAACUGACUGGGACUGAGAUCAGCUGCUUACGUCUCAAGGGUCAAAUGAUCUACUUACCUGAAGCAGAUAGCAUACUUUUUCUAUGUUCACCAAGUGUCAUGAACCUGGACGAUUUGACAAGGAGAGGGCUGUAUCUAAGUGACAUCCCUCUGCAUGAUGCCACGCGCGAUCUCGUUCUUUUGGGAGAACAAUUUAGAGAGGAAUACAAACUCACCCAAGAACUGGAAAUCCUCACUGACAGGCUACAGCUCACGUUAAGAGCCCUGGAAGAUGAAAAGAAAAAGACAGACACAUUGCUGUAUUCUGUCCUUCCUCCGUCUGUUGCCAAUGAGCUGCGGCACAAGCGUCCAGUGCCUGCCAAAAGAUAUGACAAUGUGACCAUCCUCUUUAGUGGCAUUGUGGGCUUCAAUGCUUUCUGCAGCAAGCAUGCAUCUGGAGAAGGAGCCAUGAAGAUCGUCAACCUCCUCAACGACCUCUACACCAGAUUUGACACACUGACUGACUCCCGGAAAAACCCAUUUGUUUAUAAGGUGGAGACUGUUGGUGACAAGUAUAUGACAGUGAGUGGUUUACCAGAGCCAUGCAUUCACCAUGCACGAUCCAUCUGCCACCUGGCCUUGGACAUGAUGGAAAUUGCUGGCCAGGUUCAAGUAGAUGGUGAAUCUGUUCAGAUAACAAUAGGGAUACACACUGGAGAGGUAGUUACAGGUGUCAUAGGACAGAGGAUGCCUCGAUACUGUCUUUUUGGGAAUACUGUCAACCUCACAAGCCGAACAGAAACCACAGGAGAAAAGGGAAAAAUAAAUGUGUCUGAAUAUACAUACAGAUGUCUUAUGUCUCCAGAAAAUUCAGAUCCACAAUUCCACUUGGAGCACAGAGGCCCAGUGUCCAUGAAGGGCAAAAAAGAACCAAUGCAAGUUUGGUUUCUAUCCAGAAAAAAUACAGGAACAGAGGAAACAAAGCAGGAUGAUGACUGAAUCUUGGAUUAUGGGGUGAAGAGGAGUACAGACUAGGUUCCAGCUUUCUCCUAACACGUGCCAAGCACAGGAGCAGUUCUUCCCUAUGGAUACAGAUUUUCUUUUGUCCUUGUCCAUUACCCCAAGCCUUUCUUCUAGAUAUAUCUCUCACUAUCCGUUAUUCAACUUUAGCUCUGCUUUUUAUUAUUUUUUAGUCUUUAGUAUAUUAUCUAAAGUUUGGCUUUUGACGUGGAUGAUGUGAGCUUCAUGUGUCUUAAAAUCUACUACAAGCAUUACCUAACAUGGUGAUCUGCAAGUAGUGGGCACCCAACAAAUAUUUGUUGAAUUUAGUUAAAUGAAACUGAACAGUGUUUGGCCAUGUGUAUAUUUAUAUCAUGGUUUACCAAAUCUGUUUAGGGUUCCAUAUAUAUGUAUAUGUAUAUUUUAAUGACUAUAACGUAAUAAAGUUUAUAUCAUGUUGGUGUAUAUCAUUAUAGAAAUCAUUUUCUAAAGGAGUGAAUUCUAAGUUUUAGGGGAAAAAAUGCAAUUUAUUUUCAGACUCCCAAAGUAAGAAUUAAUAUAUCAUGCUAAGAACAUAGUGACUAUUUUGAAGUAUGCUACUUCUCUUUCAGAAAUAUAGAAUACACGUUUCUGUUAUUAAAGUAUUUGAUUACUAAUUCAAAUCAUGUGGCAAUUAUAAUUCUUCUAAAAUGCUAUCAUUUCUAACUGUAUCCCCUGUAUUAAAUCUCAUUAACCACAGGCAGCUGUUACAGAAAGCUGCAUUGUUUCACAUUGAGCUGUUACAUUAGUUCAGGCUAAAUGCUGGGAGCUCCAACCACAUCCAAGAAUAAAUCUGGAAACACACUGCUGGGAUACUGCUGUUAGAGCCCUUCUUGGCCUUGUAUUCCCAGAAAUGAGCUCCCUUUCCUUAGCUUAGAAGAAUGUGAUUAUAUCCAGGACAUCAUGUUCAGAAAACUUAGUUUACUUUCAGCAUAGAAUGCAUUACUGUUGGAAUAAUUAGCCUCUAGCUCUUAAACGUCUCUGAUAACUUAUUAAUAUCUAUCUUUAUAAAAUAGAGUGCAACUACUUUUGUGUAAAAAUGUUUGCCUUUAAAUUUAGUAUUUCAUAUAAGCACAUCGAUAUAUGUAUAAAUGUUCCAUGUUAAUGUGUAAAAGAAUCUGUAAUAAAUUAUUUUUUUCACUUGUCUCUA